AAGGACCAGACCCAGAGAUUUGCUGCAAAGGGCAGUGUGGGAAUCCAAUGACAGACAAAAAGAACUGUGGAGCCUACAACAGCAAGAGUAAGAAAGAAAGCAAGUGCAUCUAUGGAAUGUGCGUCUAUGUAUGACAAAAAUUUAAAUUUUUGGUAAAUGGCUAGAUAUUAGUUGGUGGAUCUAGCCUCAUGCUUAUUCAUUUGUUUGUAUGAUUACAUGUAACUUGAUAUUCUAUCAAUAGAAAUGUACCUUUUAGUCUGUAUUGGAAAAAUAAAAUGCUAGUCCGGCA